AUGGCUAGCGAGAUCUCUUCCUCUAUUAAUACUGGCCCCUGCCCCUGCCCCGGCCCCAUCGUGUUCGGUCGUGUACUUCUCCUCUAUCUAUCCAAUCUUUUUCCUGUCUGUUUCAAGAGCUCUGGGAGGGCGAAAAUGAGCAGCUCGAUGAGCAUGGUGGAGGCGAGGCUGCCGCCGGGGUUCCGGUUCCACCCGCGGGACCACGAGCUCGUGCUGGACUACCUCUGCCACAAGCUCUCCGGCGGUGGUGGCCGCGGCGGUGGCGGCGUGGACAUGGUCGACGUCGAUCUCAACAAGUGCGAGCCAUGGGAGCUUCCAGACGCGGCGUGCGUGGGCGGCAAGGAGUGGUACUUCUUCAGCCGGCACGACCGCAAGUACGCGACGGGGCAGCGCACCAACCGCGCCACGCACACCGGCUACUGGAAGGCCACGGGCAAGGACCGCGUCAUCACCGGCGACGGCGCGGCGGCGGUCGUCGGGAUGCGCAAGACGCUCGUCUUCUACCUGGGGAGAGCCCCCCGGGGAACCAAGACAGAGUGGGUCAUGCACGAGUUCCGCGUCGAGGGACGCCCGCCGCGCUCGGUUCACCGCCAGCUCGCCACCCCCCACGACGGCUCGCCGCCGUUUCUCCUCGAGGAGGACUGGGUGCUGUGCAGGGUGUUCUACAAAAGCACAACCGCCGCCCCAACACCGGCCUCCGACGAGUCGUCAGGUUCCUUGAGCAGCGACCUUGGCGUGGCGCCGGUGCUGCUGCCCGUAGCACCUAUCAAUGUCGUUGGCCGGACGCAGAUGGCCGAGAUCACGGACGGCUACUAUGGGCAGCAAGAGCACCCCACUGGCAUCCUUCCGGUUGUGCACCACUGGCCCGUGGCGUCAUUGCCGUUCACGAGCUUCAGGGACCUGCUAGGCGACAUGGUGGAAGGGAGCCGCGGUGACCCGAAGCCCGAGUGGAGCGUCGACGACGGCUACACGCGUCAGAGCGUGCCACAGACCUGGAACCCGUUCUGA